AUGGAGAACAAAAUGAAGAAGCUGGUUCGCCAGCUGUCGACUCGCACAAGAACACGUCCUGCCGUCGCAACCAGUCCCAAUACUGGUAUGAGCAAAGCGGCUGCGGAUCCUGCGCAAAAGAACCCGCUCACGAGCCCCAUCCCGCCCAACACAGUGAUUCACUUUCCGAAAUGUCCUCAUAGCACGCCCCCGACGCCUCGACCGGCGUAUAUACCCCCCGUGCUGAGGACCGAGAUCACCGAGAGGUCUUCUCUAGCGGCAGCACCAGUAGCGCCAGUAGCAACGGAGUCGGCGACGAAUAUGCAAGACCCGGAGAUCAAGGGCGUCAACUCGAGUUCGUGUCCGCCAUCAACAUCCGCACCAGAGUCCAAUGAAGCCAUCGUACCAGCUGGGAUGUCUGGUCCAGAUCCAGAGCAGCACGACCUUGAGCACGACCACGGACGUGAGCGUGAUUACAGACUCACGUCACCUACCAACGCCCCAGGGCCAGCCACAGACACAGAAGAGAAAGAUACGACCGUGCACAUCAAGCAGUACUUCUCCCACCCCUCGCGCUGUCUCGACUGUUCGCUCUCGCUAGCGCGCCAACGCGAAGCCAGCUCCCGAGACCUCAGCGCCGGGAUACUGCGCGAAUGGCAACUGCGGCUCGUGGAGCUGACCUCGGCAGCCAAAGCGGUGUGCCAGGUCGCACGGAUCAAGAACGCCGAGCCGGGCCGAUCGGACGGGCAUCUCUUAAGGGAGGACGUUGUCGUGUUGGAGAAGAUCGAGGCCGAGGAGGCGGUGUUGGUGGUGAAAAUGGCCGAAGAGAAAGAGAGGGUCGAAAGGGAGGUGCGUGACAUUUGGGCGGACGUGGCAAGGGAGUGGGAGGGCGGGAUCCGCGAGGUGGUCAGAGGGGAUGGCACCGGCGAGGCGGAGGAGAGAUGUGUUUUUGUGGUGUCUUCUCCUGCUACAGGUUGUGAUGGGGAUGGAGAUGACCAAGGGGAGGGAGAGGGUGGUGGUGGUGAUGGUCUUGGGGACGGGGACGGACAAGGAGAAUCAGCUCCUGCGGAAGGGCAAGAUGGAGUCCAAGUCCCGUGGGUUCCGGUCGAGGGCUGA